GCAUUCUUAUUGAGACUAGAACUCAUAGGGAAGAAAAUCGAUUUAUGGAUGGAAUCAAAUAUGCAGUAUUUACAGACAAAAGUAUUCGGUUAUUGGGGAAAAAUCAAUAUACUUCUAAUGUCGAAUCAGGAUCAACUAGGACAGAACUAAAGCAUUGGGUCGAACUCUUCUUUGGUGUCAAGGUAAUAGCUAUGAAUAGUCAUCGACUUCCGGGAAAGGGUAGAAGAAUGGGACCUAUUAUGGGACAUACAAUGCAUUACAGACGUAUGAUCAUUACGCUUCAACCGGGUUAUUCUAUUCCACCUCUUAGAAAGAAAAGAACUUAAAUCAAAAUACUUAAUAGCAUGGCGAUACAUUUAUACAAAACUUCUACCCCGAGCACACGCAAUGGAACCGUAGACAGUCAAGUGAAAUCCAAUCCACGAAAUAAUUUGAUCUAUGGACAGCAUCAUUGUGGUAAAGGUCGUAAUGCCAGAGGAAUCAUUACCGCAAGGCAUAGAGGGGGAGGUCAUAAGCGUCUAUACCGUCAAAUCGAUUUUCGACGGAAUGAACAAGACAUAUAUGGUCGAAUCGUAACCAUAGAAUACGACCCUAAUCGAAAUGCAUACAUUUGUCUCAUACACUAUGGGGAUGGUGAGAAGAGAUAUAUUUUACAUCCCAGAGGGGCUAUAAUUGGAGAUACCAUUGUUUCUGGUACAGAAGUUCCUAUAAAAAUGGGAAAUGCCCUACCUUUGAGGGUUUUGAUUGAUCAAAAAGAGGAAUCUACUUCAACCGAUAUGCCCUUAGGCACGGCCAUACAUAACAUAGAAAUCACACUUGGAAAGGGUGGACAAUUAGUUAGAGCAGCGGGUGCUGUAGCGAAACUGAUUGCAAAAGAGGGGAAAUCGGCCACAUUAAAAUUACCUUCUGGGGAGGUCCGUUUGAUAUCCAAAAACUGCUCAGCAACAGUCGGACAAGUGGGGAAUGUUGGGGCGAACCAGAAACGUUUGGGUAGAGCCGGAUCCAAGCGUUGGCUGGGUAAGCGUCCUGUAGUAAGAGGAGUAGUUAUGAACCCUGUAGACCAUCCCCACGGGGGUGGUGAAGGGAGAGCCCCAAUUGGUCGAAAAAAACCCACAACCCCUUGGGGUUAUCCUGCACUUGGAAGAAGAAGUCGCAAAAGGAAAAAAUAUAGUGAUAAUUUGAUUGUUCGUCGCCGUAGUAAAUAGGCGAGAAAAUGGAAUUUCUCUCUUCGUCUUUAACACAAAAAGAAAAAUAGGAGUAAGCCGUGAUACGUUCACUAAAAAAAAAUCCUUUUGUAGCCCUUCAUCUAUUAAAAAAAAUCAAUAAGCUAAAUAAAAAAUCAGAAAAAGAAAUAAUAGUAACUUGGUCCCGUGCAUCUACUAUUAUACCUACAAUGAUCGGACAUACAAUUUCUAUUCAUAAUGGUAAGGAACAUUUACCUAUUUAUAUAACAGAUCUUAUGGUAGGUCACAAAUUGGGAGAAUUUGUAUCUACUUUAAAUUUCCGAGGACAUGCAAAAAACGAUACUAGAUCUCGUCGUUAAUGUUAUUUUAAAAAAUAUUUAGUAGGAGAGAAAGCUUAUGUGGCUAAAAAAGAAAAAAAGGGAAGUACGCGCUUUAGGUCGACAUAUAUCUCUAUCCGCUGACAAAGCAAGAAGAGUAAUUAAUCAAAUUCGGGGGCGUUCCUAUGAAGAAACACUUAUGAUACUGGAACUCAUGCCCUAUAGAGCAUGUUAUCCCAUUUUGAAAUUGGUUUAUUCUGCAGCAGCAAAUGCUAGUUCCAAUAUGGGUUCCGACGAAGCCAAUUUACUAAUUAGUAAAGCUGAGGUUAACGAAGGUACUAGUGUGAAGAAAUUCAAGCCCCGAGCUCGGGGACGUAGUUAUGCGAUAAAAAGAACUACCUGUCAUAUAAUUAUUGUAGUGAAAGAUACCUCUUUAGAUGAAUAUGAAGAGAUAGAUUUUUUUAAAAAACCUAGAUAGGAAAAGAAAACUAUGGUAUAUCAUGAUGUAUAUAGUAGUGGAGUAGUAUGGGACAAAAAAUAAACCCACUUGGUUUCAGGCUUGGUACAACCCAAAGUCAUCAUUCGGUUUGGUUUACACAACCAAAAGAUUAUUCUGAAGGUCUACAAGAAGAUCAAAAAAUAAGAAAUUUUAUUAAAAAUUAUAUCCAAAAGAAUAUGAAAAUAUCUUCCGGCGCCGAGGGAAUUGCCCAUAUAGAGAUUCAAAAAAGAAUCGAUUUGAUCCAAGUGAUAAUCUAUAUGGGAUUCCCAAAAGUAUUGAUUGAAAAUCGACCUCUAGGAAUCGAAGAAUUACAGAUAAAUUUACAAAAAAAAUUUCACUACGUGAACCGAAAACUUAAUAUUGCUAUCACAAGAAUUGAAAAACCUUACGGAAACCCUAAUAUUCUUGCAGAAUUUAUAGCCGGGCAAUUAAAGAAUAGAGUUUCAUUUCGAAAAGCAAUGAAAAAAGCCGUUGAAUUAACUGAACAAGCAGACACAAAAGGAAUUCAAGUGCAAAUUGCAGGGCGUAUCGACGGAAAAGAAAUCGCACGUGUUGAAUGGAUCAGAGAGGGUAGGGUUCCGCUACAAACAAUUCGAGCUAAAAUUAAUUAUUGUUCCUAUAGAGUUCGGACUAUUUAUGGGAUAUUAGGCAUCAAAAUUUGGAUUUUUAUAGACAAGGAAGAAGACUAAGAAAAUUUUAAUUGUUUUUCGCUUCUAUGCAUUGAUUGAAUAAAAAAAGGAAACCAAUUCAUUCUUUUUCUGGUCAAUCAAACUAAUUCUUAAUUCUAGAGGAUUGAAUAAAAAGUAGAUUGACUUUGUGAUAUAAUUGCUAUGCUUAGUGUGUGACUCGUUGGUUUUUUUAAGGUUAGGGUUAAAAACCCGGUAGUAUGAAAACCAAUUCAUCACUUCGUAUUAUCUGGAUCGAAAGAACCAGUCAAGAUAUGAUAAAUCGUUCAUAUCCUUGUAGCAACUGAAAUUUUUUUGAAUAAACUUAAAUUCGCAGUUUGAAGCAAAAUCCAAAAGAAAGGGGCGGAUAAAUGGAAGGAUGAGAGAAAGAGAGAAAAAAAUAUCUCGGAUAUAGAAUUCCAAUAUGUAAGGUCUAUGAAACAUCUCAUAAAAGACAGUGUAAUAAAGCAUCAAUACUAAAUAGAUUAAUAAUUAAAUAUUAAAUGAAUCCUUCUUAAUAUAAUAUAAGAAAAAAGUGUUUUUUACGAAGAAAAUUAAGGGCUUGGAGCCAAUAAAGACUAAGAAAGUUGACUCAAAAAUAAAUUGUGUUAUGAGCUCCGUUGUAGAAUUCUGACCUAACCAUUUAAGUACGAAGCGGUGGGAACGAUGAGACCUGUGACCGAAAAAAAAUUUAUUGAACAAACAAAUCUUACUCAUUCACUAGUAGGGAUGGCGAAAUGAACCAAAAAGAAAUCUGAGAAGUCACGAAGAAGCGCUACGACUGAAUAUAGAGA